AGACUCCCCUGCAUUUAGGGCAGAUACAGAAUUGUUUGUCGAUUGUCGCCUAGAACUGUGGCUGAUGGUAUCUGCACCUUCCCGAGCUGCUGUACAGACGGGAUGGAUAGUAAUGGAGCCUGAUUCAAGCAUCCUCCCGGCUACUCAAGAUCUUCCGAUUUGCCGUAUCAUAGUUGUUGGACCAGAGCUAAAAGGCGGCGAUGAAGUAUUCAUUCAACUUCAUUUAGCCGAAAAUCUUCAUCCGAAAGCAUUAUGCAUACGUUGGGACCCUGCAAGUCGAUUUGCGAUUUCAAUCAGAGAGCGGGACAUUUAUAGAGAAUUCCAUACCUUUCUCACGACAGAAGGCAUUUUGAAUAUAAUGAAGACGGACUCUCUAGUUGACGUGCUAGACGGGUAUACAUUAGAAGAGAGCCAACUUCUCCAGAGACGUUGCAUGGGAAAAAUAUGGUUGUUUGUGAUAGACAGUCGCGGAAAAAGGUGUAUACCUAAGCAUAUUUCAAUCUAAAGUCACAUGUUUGAAGCUUCUAAGUAGUUGGGAUAGUAUGUACAUCACAUGAUGGUUGUUGCUGUAAACACAUGACUGGUUUCCCCUUUGAGAUAUAUAAAAGUCAAACCUAACUUCAGAACAUCGCCCUCAAGAUCAUGGGUAAAACAACACUUAUCGUAGUGGAUAAAGAGUGUUCCUGCGUGGUAUGAUCUCUUCCUGAAUUCCAACAAGUAAAAAGGAGCAUCAAAUUUGCAUCCUCACCUAAGAUGUCAACAAGAAAGAAAAAUAAAUAAAAAAUAAUUCCCUGCCAGGCCCGAAGCACGCCCAUUCACCUCUUAACAUAUGCAAAAAUAACAAAGAUAUAGCAUGCCUCGGUUUCGAACCAAGGACCU